AUGCAGGUGGAUCUUCGACGUCGCGGGCUGCAGUCCUUCGACCCCGCCGAGUUCGCCAAUACGGACGAGCACCUACAUCUCCUUCUGCAGGUGCGGCAGCUAGAUCUCUCGUACAACUCGCUGUACACCAUCCGCGGACUUGAAGGGCUCACCCAUUUGACUGUGCUGAACAUUGCUCACAACGGGCUGCGCUCCCUCGGCGGUGGACUUCCGCUGACACUGCGCGAACUCGAUGCAUCGCACAACAACCUCGCCUCGCUCCAGAAUGCCGCUCUUCUGCCGUUGCAGUCCCUCACCUCCCUCAAUGUUUCCUUCAACAAUCUGGAAGACCUGCGAGGGGUUCCCAACGUGACAGCGCAGCUGACGUACCUCGACGUGCGGUGCAAUCGACUCGGCUCCCUUAUAGGGAUCGAGCACUGCCGUCAGCUGCGCACACUCCACGCAGAGGGUAACCUCUUGCGAGAGGUGGCAGACGUCGCCUCCCUCAAGUGUCUCUCCCUCUUGAGCGCCGUCUUUCUAUCUGGGAACCCCCUGCUCCUGCGCAAGCGCUUGCUCAGCCAACUCCAUCUCCUGCUGCCCUCUAGUGUCGAGCAGGACGACUUGCCCACGACGGCGCCCCCCAGCAGCGUCCGCAGCUCGACAGCGCCACCUCCCUCCGUGGCAGACACGUCGUCCGUCGGCUCGCUCGAUCACAGCACCAUGGCUUCUGUCAGUGAGUACCGUGAGGAAGGGCGUUGCGGCAGCGGGCAGAACAGCCGGCCGGCAAGCGCGCACCAAGGAACAGUACUAUCCAUGCGCAACACCACCAGCGUGCGUGAUUCUUCCGCGACGCUGGAGAGAACGGCACCGCAACACGAGCACCCCUCUUCCCCACGGGGCCAUCACCGUCUGCCUCAUCGUGGCACGUCCGACAGCGCUCGCCCGUCGUAUUUAUCUGCGGCAGCUCCAACCACCACCACCGCCUCUGCCGCCUCUACUGGGGUCGUGGGAGGCUCGUCAGAUAGCCUAGCAUGCCCGCGUCGUGCCCUACCGCAUGAGCACCGCCUCACAGAAACCCCCGGCUCCGCCUCCUUGUCCUCUUCACCUGACCGCACGCACGUGUCAUGGUCCCCUGGGCCAUUGCACAGCAGCAACGGUCGAGGUUCGCUGACUACGAGUCUCUUCCCAGGCGCCGCAUCAUCGCCUCAUCAAUACGGCGCCGUCGUCGCCGCACCGCAAGCCACGCGGUACGGCGAAAGUCACAGCAGUGAGCUCGUCCGGGAUGACCUGGAGGAGCAGCUCGUGCGUGUCACUGCGGAGCGAGACGACUAUCGACGCGAGGUCGUUGCCCUGCGGAGAGAGCUGCGAGAGCUGCAGCUAACGUUUGCACGGCAGUGCUCGCACGAGAGGGCGGAGGACCGGGAAGGGCUAGCACAGGCAUCUGUGCGCUCCGUAGCAGCCGCAGCAGCCCCGGGUCACGGAGAGGGGGAUUCGAGCGGUGCGCAUAGAAAGCCUUGCCACCGACGACAACAACAGGAGCAGCAGCAGCGGCAGCGGUCGCCGUCGGUGCGUAUCUUAGCGGUGGAGAUGUCCGCCCACUCGUCGCUUUGCUCGCAGGACGGCGAGAGCGAUACCCCCGAUGCGUCCAACGACAACCUCCGCAGCGCACCACCGAACUCUGCGGCCAUGAGCAGCUCAGUGGGUACAUCAAAGAUGGACAGGCGCGAGAUUGCGGCUCUCUUCAUGACAAAAUUGCAGCAGAGCAGCUCUUCCUCGAAAUGA